GGAACGCGACACGUUAUUACCACGCCUAAGGAACCGGAGAAAAGGAUUUUUUUAAGAAAAAAAAAAAAAAAAAAAUCUAACGCGCUGAAGAGUUGCUUAAGUUUUACGCCGCAGAUUUAACAAACUAUUGAAUGCUGCAAAUCAUCUUCUCAAUUCAAACAUUAGAAAAACGAAAAAUGGAGGUAGAAGAAAAUCCUCAAUUGCAAACGCAACCUGAGUCAUCGCCAAUGGAAGUUGAACAGAUAGAUCGGAGGCCGGCGGCUCUCGGAGACCUCCGAAUUCUUCCCGACGAAGUUUUGUGCGCUAUACUGACUUUUCUCACUCCUCACGAUGUCGCUCGCCUUUCCUGUGUUAGCAGUGUGAUGUAUAUUCUAUGCAAUGAGGAGCCCCUAUGGAUGAGCAUAUGCCUUGAUAUUGCUAAUCGUCAGCUUCAAUAUAAAGGCUCCUGGAAAAGAACAGCCCUGGACCAAUUGAAUGUGACUUUUGAAAACAAUGAAUCCUGCCGGAAGCCGCUACACUUUGACGGAUUCAAUUCUUUGUUCCUGUAUCGUAGAUUAUACCGGUGCUAUACAUCAUUGAAUGGAUUUUAUUAUGAUACCGGAAACGUGGAAAGAGCGAAGAACCUUUCUAUAGAAGAGUUUCAUGAUAAGUAUGAUGGACAGAAACCGGUACUAAUUGCUGGAUUGGCUGACACUUGGCCUGCAAGCACUACAUGGACUACGGAGGAGCUUUUGAAGAAAUAUGAAGAUACAGCAUUUAAAUUAUCUCAAAGAAGUCGUCACAAGAUUAAGAUGAAACUUAAGGACUAUGUGUCUUACAUCAAACUUCAGCAUGACGAGGAUCCUCUUUACAUUUUCGAUGAGAAGUUUGGGGAAACUGCACCAGAAUUGUUGAAGGAUUACAGUGUUCCAAAUAUAUUCAAAGAAGACUUCUUUGAUGUGCUGGACAGGGAUCAACGACCUCCUUUCAGGUGGCUCAUUAUGGGACCGGAGAGGUCUGGUGCCUCUUGGCAUGUUGAUCCUGCCCUAACUAGUGCGUGGAAUACACUUUUAUGUGGUCGUAAAAGGUGGGCACUUUAUCCUCCUGGGAGAGUACCUUUAGGAGUGACAGUUCAUGUAAAUGAAGAAGAUGGUGAUGUCAGUAUUGACACUCCAUCAUCUUUGCAGUGGUGGCUGGACUUCUACCCUCUUCUCGCUGAGGAGGACAAGCCGAUAGAAUGUACUCAACUGCCUGGGGAAACAAUAUUUGUCCCUAGCGGAUGGUGGCAUUGCGUGCUAAAUUUGGAGACUACUGUUGCUGUGACACAGAAUUUUGUGAACACCAAGAACUUUGAAUUUGUGUGUCUGGAUAUGGCUCCUGGUUAUAGGCAUAAAGGAGUUUGCCGUGCUGGGCUUCUUGCUUUGGAUGAUAUCAGUAUUGAGGAUGUCAGAAAAAAUGUGUUGUCCUUGGACAACAGUUUGAGCUGCUCUGACCUGUCAAGGAAAGAGAAGAGGAUUAGAGUUGACCAACCUGCUAAAGGUUCAGAAAAUGGAAGUACUAUAGAUGGNCAAUAUUACUAUUCUAAGUAUACUAGAAGCUUUCGUGGAAAAAGUCAAUUGUGGCUAGGGAAUAGAAAAUUAUCUUUAUAUGUCUCUCCGCUUGUUAUUUGUAUUGGACCAUGAAAUAAGAUACUAAUUUGAAGAGGAGCCUGUCUGGCGCUGAAUGCUGAUAGAUGGUACACAUAUGUGGCAGAAAUUUGUACCUCCCAUGGGUUGCCGUUGCCAACUGAUGAUGAGAGGCUUCCUGUUGGAACAGGCAGCAAUCCAGUUUAUCUAGCUGGGGACAAUGUUAUAAAAAUAUUUGUUGAAGAGGGAUUAGAAGCUUGCCUUCAUUCUUUGGGCACCGAGCUUGAGUUUUACAGUCUACUCCAGAAAAUAAACUCCCCUCUGAAGAAUCACAUUCCUAAUGUUUUGGCCAGUGGGAUUCUUUAUAUUGAAAAUGGAUUGUAUAAAGUUCAGCAUUGGGAUUGCAAAGGAGUUCCGGAGGUGGUUGCUAACAUUACUCCCCUUGUGGAACUUGAGCAAGUUGAUUAUCCAUUUGGUCUUUGGAGUAAAAGGCAGUUUGAUUUUAAAAAAGCUGGGAUGUCAUUACCCGAACUAGUAAGCGCUGGCAGCGGCUCAACAAUAUGGCCAUAUGUCAUAACACAGAGAUGCAAAGGAAAAAUAUAUGCUCAAAUAAGAGAUUCCAUCUCAUGGGAAGAUACUGUAAAUUUGGCCUCCUUCCUGGGAGAACAAAUGCGCAACCUUCAUCUUGUGCCAUGCCCAGCUUUGAAUGAUUCAAUAUAUUCGGAAGCCCAGCAGAAAGUACUCCUCAAUGCUAAUGGGUAUCUGGAGGAUGAUGAGGGCAAGAUUUGUGCUCUUGGAGAGUGGAAUUUGUUCCUGAGAACUCUGAACAGGAGAAAGAAGGAUGUUUGUAACCGCUUGACCAAAUGGGGUGAUCCGAUUCCUGGAGAACUGAUUGAGAAAGUUGAGGAAUACAUCCCUGAUGACCUUGGAAAGGUUGACAUGGGAUCCAGAUCUUGUACCUGGAUACACUCUGAUGUAAUGGAUGACAAUAUCCACAUGGAACCAUGUUCCGUUGCUUCUCGCUCUGCAGGGACUAUUGAUGAUCCUGAGUUGAUUGACAAUGUUUAUGCUAAUGGAUCUGAUUUGGGUGAGCCUAGACAUGCAUGGCGUCCUACUCAUAUACUUGAUUUCAGUGAUCUUUCAGUUGGGGACCCAAUUUCUGACUUAAUCCCGAUAUACCUGGAUGUCUUUAGAGGAGAUCCACAUUUACUGAAGCAGUUUUUGGAUAGCUAUAAACUUCCAUUUGUUAAAAGAGGACUUAAUGCAUCAGCCGAAAGCAACAGAUUUCAGAGACUUUCUUACCGAGCCAUGUGCUACUGUAUUUUGCAUGAUGAAAAUGUUCUGGGAGUUAUCUUCGGUACUUGGAAGGAACUAAGGAAGGCAAAAUCAUGGGAAGAAGUAGAGGAAGCUGUAUGGGGAGAUCUCAACAGUUAUACAGGCUCCUGUUGAACUUUCUUUUUGUUCUUUUUAAUUUAGUCUAUCACGCCCCUGGUAAAAUUUCUAUUGCUGUAUGUUGAAUAAGUCCCAGUCGCUUGUACACACAUUUGUUUGAAUUUAUUUGUUGAUUUUAUUCAUCUUAACUUCUGAUCAUAUCGUUAACAUUUUAAUAAAAUUUAUCAUGUACGAUAAAACUUGAAACAGUUA